AGGAGGCGCGGGCGGCGGCGGCGGCGGCAGCGGCCGAGGCGGAGCCUGGAGAGGUGUGGCUGGACCAAGACCUCCCCUGAUGUAAGCAGGCUCCCUCCUCCCCCCACCACCCGUUGCCACCACGCCAGGGGACAUCCUCAAGCCCUGGCCCUUAGGGGAGAGGUAACAGGAGCCCAGAGCCGAGACCAUGUGACGGCGCUGGCCCUUGCCACCGCCGUCCCCCAACCCUGGCCCCAGGCCUGGCACCAUGAUGUUCCGAGACCAAGUAGGCAUCCUCGCUAGCUGGUUCAAGGGCUGGAAUGAGUGUGAGCAAACAGUGGCUCUGCUGUCCCUUCUGAAGCGGGUCACCCGUACCCAAGCCCGCUUUCUGCAGCUCUGUCUGGAGCACUCGCUGGCGGACUGCAAUGAUAUCCACCUGCUGGAGUCAGAGGCCAACAGUGCUGCCAUCGUCAGCCAGUGGCAGCAGGAGUCCAAAGAGAAGGUGGUGUCCCUCUUGCUAUCCCACCUGCCCCUGCUCCAGCCAGGCAACACAGAGGCCAAGUCCGAGUACAUGAGGCUGCUGCAGAAGGUGCUGGCCUACUCCAUCGAGAGCAAUGCCUUCAUUGAGGAGAGCCGCCAACUCCUCUCCUACGCCCUCAUCCACCCAGCCACCACGCUGGAGGACCGCAAUGCGCUCGCCCUCUGGCUGAGCCACCUGGAAGAGCGGCUGGCUAGUGGUUUCCGCACCCGGCCAGAGCCCUCCUACCAUUCACGCCAGGGCUCAGAUGAGUGGGGGGGACCUGCAGAGCUGGCCCCUGGAGAGGCAGGACCAGGCUGGCAGGACAAGCCACCCCGGGAAAAUGGACAUGUGCCCUUUCACCCAUCCAGCUCAGUGCCGCCGCCGGCCAUCAACAGUAUUGGGAGCAAUGCAAACACAGGUCUCCCCUGCCAAAUCCACCCUAGCCCACUGAAGCGCUCCAUGUCACUCAUCCCUACAAGCCCCCAGGCCCCUGGUGAGUGGCCGAGUCCAGAGGAGCUUGGGGCCCGGGCUGCUUUCACCACGCCCGACCACGCACCCCUUUCGCCACAGAGCAGUGUGGCCUCCUCUGGCAGUGAGCAGACGGAGGAGCAGGGCUCCAGCCGGAACACUUUCCAAGAGGAUGGAAGCGGGAUGAAAGACGUGCCCUCAUGGCUCAAGAGCCUCCGCUUGCACAAGUAUGCUGCUUUGUUCUCACAGAUGAGCUACGAAGAGAUGAUGACCCUAACAGAGCAGCACCUUGAGUCGCAGAACGUCACCAAAGGUGCCCGGCACAAGAUAGCCCUAAGCAUCCAGAAGCUUCGUGAGAGACAGAGCGUCCUCAAGUCCCUAGAGAAGGAUGUGCUGGAAGGUGGCAAUCUGCGGAACGCUCUGCAGGAGCUACAGCAGAUCAUCAUCACCCCUAUCAAGGCCUACAGUGUCCUUCAGGCCACCCCUACUGCCAAGGAUGGGGGUCGGGGGGAGCCGCUACUGCCAGGUGCUGAGCCUCCCCUCAUCCACCCUGGAACAGACAAGGGCACUGAGGUCAAGGACCCUCCAGCUGCAGAGAACUAUCCUCCUCCACCAGCUCCAGCUCCCUCUGAUAGCAGUGAGCCAGCCCCGGCUCCCGUCGCCGACGGAGACAUCCCCAGCCAGUUUACACGGGUGAUGGGCAAAGUAUGCACCCAGCUGCUGGUGUCUCGACCAGACGAGGAGAACAUCACCAGUUACCUCCAGCUCAUCGAAAAGUGCCUGACUCACGAGGCUUUCACAGAGACCCAGAAGAAGCGGCUGCUGUCCUGGAAGCAGCAAGUGCUGAAACUCCUCCGGACAUUUCCGCGCAAAGCUGCACUGGACAUGCAGAGCUACCGGCAGCAGAAGGGCUGGGCAUUUGGCUCCAACUCGCUCCCCAUAGCUGGCUCUGUGGGGAUAGGUGUGGCCCGGCGGACCCAGCGGCAGUUCCCAAUGCCUCCUCGGGCCCUCCCACCUGGCAGGAUGGGCCUCCUGAGCCCUUCAGGCAUUGGGGGUGUCUCUCCUCGACAUGCCCUUACCAGCCCCAGUCUUGGGGGUCAGGGCCGACAGAACCUGUGGUUUGCCAACCCUGGAGGCAGUAACAGCAUGCCCAGCCAGAGCCGCAGCUCUGUGCAGCGCACUCACUCGCUCCCAGUCCACUCGUCACCCCAGGCUAUUCUCAUGUUCCCUCCAGACUGCCCGGUACCUGGGCCUGACCUGGAGAUCAAUCCCACCCUGGAGUCUCUGUGUCUGAGCAUGACAGAACACGCCUUGGGUGAUGGGACAGACAAAACCUCCACCAUCUGACGGGACCCACAGCCCAGCGCACCCAUAGGCUCCCUGGGCGGCGGGCGGGGGCCAUCCCCCAACAGGCUUCUUCUCGGCAGCGAGAGGGUGGGCUGGCGCAGCUAUACAUUCUGAUAUUUUUCUACUCAUCCUCUUAACUUUUGUUUAACAUUGGCACACGCCUUGCUCACUCCCAGGCCCAUUGAGGGAUCUCAGCUGAGGCCGGGGGUCCGAGAGGGCAGCCAGGGGCAAGGACUGGCGAGACUGCCUACCCCUUCCCUCCCACAUCCCGAACUGGUCCCAUCCCACCCCUGCCUCCUCUAGACUGCUGACACCUGUCCUUCCCCAAGAGAGCAGACUUCCUCAGACACUGACCACCACCUUGUGCAGCCUGCCCUUCAGAAACAUGACAGUGAGGGAAGGAGUGUGGACAGCCUGCUCACCAGUCUGUCGCUGGUUCCCACCGUUCCCCAGGACAGUCACCACCUUCCUCCCCUCUUUGCCCUGUUUAUCAGAGGUUCUCUACAAUUAAUUUCUUAGGCCUAUUUAAGAUACAUAUUUAUAUAGUUCUUAACGGUUUUUCUCUGAUCAUUCCCUGCCAUUUUUAGAAUCCCCAGGCCUCUCUCUGAGCCGGGACAGUGGCAGGGGGAGCCUGAACUUUAUGAGAGGAGAGGGCAGAGCCCCCUCCUCCAGACCCCCUCGCCCUUCCCCAUCCCAGCCCUGGCUCCUAGAUGCAGAGGUUGAAGGCGGGCAGCCCCAGGCCCGCAGUGAGGUCAGGAAGUCUGUUGCCUUAAUGUCCCCUCCCCCCACCAACAUAAUCCUUCUCUGCUCCCCAGGUCUUUUGGCAAAAGACUUGUGGGUAGGAAUCAGGGAAAGGGGAUUGUUGGGUUUCUGUUUUCCUGCCUGUCCCCUCUUUCUGUCAACCUUCCCCCACCCCCAUUAUGUCAUGACCUCAUAUAAGUGGAACACUAUAUCAUAACUCAGAGGUGCGGCCCAGCCUGAGUCACACAAACCCUCUGCUCCCUAUUACUGAUGAGGGCUGCUGCUGGGGCCCAGGUGAAGGGAGGGGAUUUGGGGGUUCAGGCUGUGGGGAAGCCAGGGUCCCCUACUCCAAACUCCUCUUUCCCCCUCAACCUACACCCUCAUUGGGACAUUCUCAAGCUUUUCACACGAAAAGGAAAAAAAAUGUUAUUUUUAGAUACAUUUUAUGAAUAACUUUUGUUAUGAAUAUGGCUGGUAACCAUUGUGUAUGUUAUUAAAGAUACAAAAUGUUGGGAAAAAACAAAAAACCAAAAAAAAAAAAAAAAUUGAAACCACAGCCUUCCCUGCACUAUCU